GGGAAGCGGGUGCUGUCCCAGGUCCCUACCAGGUGCCCGUAGACGUCGGCAGGCUGGAGGUAGAAGGUGGAGUUGAGCAGCUCUUCCAGCCUGCGCGGGACGUCGUUCUCCCGGUAGUACUCCAGCGCCUGCUGCUUCAGCCUCCGCAGCUCCCUAGCGGGCCCACAGCCGCGGCCGCCGCCUUCGUCCCCCAUGAUGGAGAGUGUUGGCGUGUAUGGAUUCUGUGGAUGUACAUCGAAGAACAAAAUGAAGUGUGACUCAAGGUGGGAGGUAACCGCUACAGAAACGGCCCCCACGUCUGCAUACUCAUCUCCUGCCCGGAGUCUCGGGGACACAGGGAUCACACCUCUGUCCCCCUCCCAUAUCGUGAACGAUGCCGACCCGAGCGUCUCAGAGCAGCAGGCGUUUCUCGUGGUGGUGGCCAUCGACUUUGGGACCACGUCUAGCGGCUACGCCUACAGCUUCACCAAGGAGCCGGAGUGCAUUCACGUGAUGAGGCGGUGGGAAGGAGGUGACCCUGGGGUGUCCAACCAGAAGACCCCCACCACCAUCUUGCUGACCCCCGAGAGGAAGUUCCACAGCUUCGGGUACGCUGCCAGGGACUUCUACCACGACCUGGACCCCAACGAGGCCAAGCAGUGGCUGUACCUGGAGAAGUUCAAGAUGAAGCUGCACACGACUGGGGACCUCACCUUGGAUACAGACCUGACAGCAGCCAAUGGCAAGAAGAUCAAAGCCCUAGAAAUCUUUGCUUACGCCCUGCAGUACUUUAAGGAGCAGGCGCUGAAGGAGCUGAGCGACCAGGCGGGUUCGGAGUUCGAGAACUCUGAUGUCAGAUGGGUGAUCACGGUGCCUGCCAUCUGGAAGCAGCCCGCCAAGCAGUUCAUGAGGCAAGCUGCCUACCAGGCGGGCCUGGCCUCCCCCGAGAACGCGGAGCAGCUCAUCAUCGCCCUGGAGCCCGAGGCCGCCUCCAUCUACUGCCGGAAGCUGCGGCUGCACCAGAUGAUGGAGCUGAGCAGCAAGGCCGCGGUCAAUGGGUACAGCUCCAGAGACACAGUAGGAGCUGGGUUUGCACAGGCUAAGGAGCACGUACGGCGCAAUCGGCAGAGCCGGACCUUUUUGGUGGAGAAUGUCAUAGGCGAGAUCUGGUCCGAGCUGGAGGAAGGUGACAAGUAUGUGGUUGUGGACAGUGGCGGUGGCACCGUAGACCUGACCGUCCAUCAGAUACGGUUACCAGAGGGACACCUUAAGGAACUGUAUAAAGCCACAGGGGGACCCUAUGGAUCCUUAGGAGUCGAUUACGAAUUUGAAAAGCUCCUGUGUAAGAUAUUCGGAGAGGACUUCAUCGAGCAAUUCAAAAUCAAGCGUCCCGCCGCCUGGGUGGACUUGAUGAUUGCGUUCGAGUCUCGCAAAAGGGCGGCCGCCCCGGACCGCACCAACCCGCUGAACAUCACCCUGCCCUUCUCCUUCAUCGAUUACUACAAGAAGUUCCGCGGCCACAGCGUGGAGCACGCCUUGCGGAAGAGCAACGUGGAUUUUGUGAAGUGGUCCUCCCAGGGGAUGCUGAGGAUGAGCCCUGAUGCCAUGAAUGCCCUUUUCAAGCCAACCAUCGACAGCAUCAUCGAGCAUCUGCGGGACCUGUUCCAGAAGCCCGAGGUGUCCACGGUCAAGUUCCUCUUCCUGGUGGGCGGCUUCGCAGAGGCGCCCCUCCUGCAGCAGGCGGUCCAGGCCGCCUUCGGGGACAAGUGCCGCAUCAUCAUCCCCCAGGACGUGGGCCUCACCAUCCUCAAGGGCGCCGUGCUCUUCGGCCUGGACCCCGCCGUCAUCAAGGUGCGCCGGUCCCCGCUCACCUACGGGGUGGGUGUGCUCAACCGCUACGUGGAGGGCAAGCACCCGCCCGAGAAGCUGCUGGUGAAGGACGGCACCCGCUGGUGCACCGACGUCUUCGACAAGUUCAUCGCCGCCGACCAGUCCGUGGCGCUGGGCGAGCUGGUCAAGCGCAGCUACACGCCCGCCAAGCCCUCCCAGCUCGUCAUCGUCAUCAACGUGUACAGCUCCGAGCGCGACAACGUGAGCUUCAUCACCGACCCCGGGGUGCGCAAGUGCGGCACGCUCCGCCUGGACCUCACGGGCACCGGCGGCACCGCGCCCGCCCGGAGGGAGAUCCAGACCCUCAUGCAGUUCGGGGACACCGAGAUCAAGGCCAUGGCCGUCGACGUCGCCACCUCGAAGAGCGUCAAGGUGGGGAUCGACUUCUUGAAUUACUGACGGGCCCUCGCGGCGGCCUGCCCCUCGGACUCAGCCCACCUGCACCUGCCGACCUCAACCCUGACUGUCCUUUCCCUGCCCUUGACCCUUGACACGGCGCACCCGAGCUGCAGCAGGCGGAUGAGACUGGAGCUAGAAAUACCAGGGCCAGAAGCACAGAGGGGUUUCUGCGGGCACACUGGCGUCGGGAAAUUCAGAUUGAGGUUUGGGGGUAAGAAACCCAAGGGAGAGCAGCUGGUUUCAUGGGCCCCCGGCAGAACACCCACCCGGCGAGGGAGCCAGGACAUCUCUGCACCCGGAUGAGCUCGCUCUCAACACCCCUCCGUCGAGCAGAACCAGGAUGCUCUGUGACUGUCCUUCUGGAUCCGAAAGGCGAGCGCUGAGCAGGACGAGAUUCUCCAUCUCCCUGAGGCUUUUCCUUUCGCCUGUUUUGGGCAGCAGUUGCUGUAAAGUGCCCCCCCCCCCCCCCCCCCCCGCCAUCUGCAGUUCGUUGCUUUUCCUGGUCAUGCGAUUGAAAGUGGAGAUUCGGUGGGAAGCUGGAGCGCGUUUCACGGGUGGGAGAAGACUGCCUACACUGGGCACUAUUUCAGGUUCGCGUUUAAAUUCCAAAUUGGUUCUGUGGAGAAUCACUGUGGCUGGGCGGAUCCCGGGGAUUGGUGUGAGGGGAGAGCUGACACCUCAGCGUUUCAGCAGGUAGAAGCUCGCUGCGAUGGAAAUGAACGUCCCCUACGCCGUGUCACUUCUGGCAUCAGGAGGCCAAGUCCCCACUUCCGAAUUCAUCAGUAAUUCUAGGACGUCCGGGUGAGGAAAUGAGGUUGCCCAGGAGUCCGGAACAGCUCCUCGUUUUGAAAACAUAUUUCAAAUGAACUCCGUCCUCCCAGCUCACACUCUUCCCCCUAAAGGGUUUGGCCAUUUAUUCCUACGUUUUCAAAGGGUUAGAAAUGUGUGAGUGACGUCAUCAGUUUUAAAGUCCGUCCGAAAGGAACCGUAGGUCUACGCUGGACGGGCCAAGCCAGAUGUUUUCCAAAGCCGCUCUGUGAGUCUCCGGCACGAGGGCGCUGGUUCAAAGCAGGUUCCUGGAAAUGUCCAAUGGCUACCUUGUUCACCUGGAACUGUUACGACUGGUGUAAUACUGUGCACCAGCUAGAUGUAAGUGAAAAAGAAAAAGCAGUUUCCUGGAUCCUAUCCCUUUUAUGCACUGAAGUCCCAUCUUGGCGAGGAGACCAAGGCUGCGAUUUCAGUAGACGCUGCGGGGACUGUGGUUUAGCUGUGUGUGAGGGCUCCUCACUAGGAUCUUGUCGGAAGCUGACAUGCAGACCAGAGCUGCCACCCGGCCUUCCCGUCGGUCUGGGCUCCCCUCGGGACAGGGUUUGCAGGAAGAACAGCCAUCCCACACUUGCCCUCUGGUGAGUGGGGCUGGGGCCCCACCCGGCUUGAGGAGGUGCUUUUGACCCUCACAGGAGGGGCCUGGGGAGGAAGGCGACGCCUAAGAAAGGGGCUGCUGAGGAACCAGCGGUGGGGCCUGUGCUCUCUCCUUCCUUCCAGUCUUCUCCAACCUUCCAGGACCAGUUGAGAAAGAACCCUGGGUCUGAUCACAGCCCACCCGAUCUGUUCAGCACCAUCUCUCCCGCCUGCUGGAGCCCGCUCCGGUGUUAAAUCCCUGGGAGCAUGCGUAACGCACGGAGGGAGGCUGGGCGAACCAACUUCCAUGCGCAUUGGAUUCUCACACCCAUCCUCGGCCGAUACGCAGAUGUGAACGAGCAUUUUCGUGUCAUUUUAACAUGUCUCCCUCGUCACCUUGCCUGCCGCAGAAUUCCCUAGUAGAGCGCGCAACACCACGGACCACGACUAGGGGGUGCUAGUCACACCACCGCCAGGGGCGCGCUGGUGCCGCAGAGGUGCUGCUGGUGUCCCUGCUGCCUGCUCUGCUUCCCGCACCUGCUCUGGGUCUCCGGUGUGACCAGCCAUCCUCUACACACAGGACCUUUCAGCUUCGUUAUAAGUAAUAUAAUUUUAUGUACAGACAGUAUCAGAAUAUUGUACAGAUUCUUUAUUUCUACAAUGUGCUUUUUUUUUGUUUAAAAAAUAGGAAAAUGCUCUUUGCAUUUUGUUGAUGACAUUGCUGCCUUUAACUUCCCCUGGUUUCCUUUCUUCCCUGCGCUGACCGCUCCUUAGUUUGUACCGAUACUACCCUAUGGACUGUGUACGCAAGACCGAGCCACAGACAGAGGUGCCUGGGGUCCGAAUACCCGGAGCACAUGGGCCUCCUGGGUCGGCAGCUUCGUCAGACUCGUCUACACACGCGUCCUUCCCAAAGGGUCACAGUUUGCAGUUAAGGGAGCAUAAUAAUGUGCAGAUUCUCCUGUCCGGUCUCCGAGCUGAACGCUGGGUUCUGUAAGCAGUGGCUCUGCAGGAAACUCUCUGCGGCUCUGCAGGCUGCCCCGCUCUCCUUGUGGGACAGAGCAGCCCCUCUGAGGGCCAAGUGGGGUCCAUGGGCGGGAGGUGCUCAGGUCGCCAGGGUCAAAGGAGGCCUCCGGUGGGAGCAGAUCCAGCUCUUUCACUGGAUCAGGUGUCAGGGUGGCUGACAUGGCCAAGUCCCCCUCUUUCUGGCUAAGGAAGGCCUUUCCCGCCUUGCGUCAAAGACGUCUCCUUGUCUAUUUCUCUUACUAUCAGCCGGUUGAAACGGGAAAUGUGGGCAAAUAGAGGGUGGAGAGGGAGUAGUCCUUUUACUGGACUUGCUUCUGGCCCCAGAGAUGCAGCCCCAAGAGUGGAACUCCUUAGAAGGCAUCCCCCAAACCCAUCCCUGCUCCCCUUUCCCCCGUGGAAAUAUUCACGAGUAAGCGGACUGGGUGGGCAAGUACACUCGGACACGUUUUCUAACCUUAGGAAGUUGCUGCAAGGCCUGUUGUCUUGACACAUCACUCAGCUGUCCCUGGCGUGUUAUCCGAUGUUCACUUUUCCUGGAAGCAGAACGGUCAAAGGGUUUCUUUUGUACCUGCCCUUUCUGCACACAGCAGGCAUUCGUCAGUUCUCAAGGACAGACAAGUUACAGAAAAGAGAGGAAGGAGGAGGAGCCCUGCGAGCCUGUGUGCGUAGCGGUGGCCAAGAUGCGUCCAGUUCACAGAGCCUGCCCUCCCCCUAGAAUGAUAUUUAGAUCAAGUUUAGCUUUUAGCGUCCAGGUCUGGUUAACUGCCAGGGUGGCCUAGAAUCGCAUGCACCAAUAUACCCAGGAGUCAAAAUGCAAUAUUAGUCGGCGAUCGAACUUCACAUUGUAGAGACAAAAUAGCUGUGAUUAAGCCGCAUACGUAUGCUGGGAAAUGGCUUAACCGGAUGACUAGUAUAAAGGUUGUUGGCCGUAAUGCUAUACCUCUCGUCUGCUUGGAAUAAGGAACUAGAUUCUCAAAUGGGUCUUGUUCAAGCUUCACAGAACUUUGUGGCAACUCACGACUCGACAAGGUUGUAUCUGCAAACUCUGUCUUCACAGAUUCUAAUAAAACAAAGCUCUGGAUUUCGUGUGGCCCAGACUUUUUCCCCCCGAUUCUGACUGUGUAAAU